AUGUCAUCAACAAGAAUAAGAAAUGAAAUUGAACUUGAACAACGUUCCAUUGAAUAUCAACGAAAACAACAUCAUGAUGAUUUUUAUUAUCAGUUUUCUCGAUAUUAUUGUGAAGUGUUUCAUCAGCUUCAUAAUGAUUUAUCAAUUAAACGUAAUCAAUUAAGUGUAUCUCAUUUAAAUUAUUGCAAUGAUGUUGAGAAAUCAGUACAAGAUUUACUUAAAGACUAG